AUGGACAAGGAGAAGGAGAAGGAUCUUGCCGAGGCUGCCGGCGAGACUGCCCCGCUCAACGACGACGGGCAGGGCAAGUGGGACAAGGGGCAUGGCGCCGGUCCCGGUGUAGGCGGGAGGCGUGGGCUGCCACCACGACAGAGGUUGGAUGGCUGGCAAGGAGUGUACCAGGAAAAUGAGGAGCUCGUGUGGACCGCCGUGUACACAUUACUGGGCAUGAUCACGCGCUUCUGGCGCAUCGGCGCCGCCAACUUUGUCGUGUGGGACGAAGCACACUUUGGCAAGUUCGGUUCCCACUACAUCAACCGCGACUUUUACUUCGACGUGCACCCACCACUGGGCAAGAUGCUCGUCGGCUUUGCCGGCCUUGUCUCAGGCUACAACGGCGGCUUCGAGUUCAAGUCUGGCGUUGAGUAUCCCGACAGUGUGCCGUAUACGGCCAUGCGCGUGCUUCUUGCAUCCUUUGGCGUCGCACUUGUCCCCCUUGCAUGGUUGACCUCCGGCGAGCUCGGCUGGUCGCGCUACACGCGCCACUGGGUCACCCUGUGCGUGCUGUGCGACAUUGGAUGGCUUUGCAUCUCACGUUUCAUCCUCCUCGACUCGAUGCUCCUCUUCUUCACGUUCACGACCGUCUUUGGCCUCGUCAAGUUCCACAACCAGCGCCACCAGCCCUUCACUGACGACUGGUGGAUCUGGCUCGUGUUCACCGGCUGGUCGAUCGGCUGCGUACUCUCCGUCAAGUGGGUUGGUCUCUUCGGCGUCGCCCUUGUCGGCCUGUACACCAUCGAGGACUUGUGGGAGAAGUUCGGCGACCUCUCCAUGCCCGUCCGCACCUACGCCAAGCACUGGGCCGCCAGAGUCGUCUGCCUCAUCAUGCUGCCGUUCUUCAUUUACGCCGCCUGCUUCAAGAUCCACUUCCUGAUCCUCAACCGCUCCGGACCUGGCGACGCGCAGAUGAGCUCGCUUUUCCAGGCUGGCCUGCGCGGCAACGACUUUGCUCAGUCACCUCUUGAGGUCGCGUACGGCUCACGCCUCACGCUCAAGAACUUUGGCUACGGCGGUGGCCUGCUGCACUCGCACAUCCAGACGUACCCGACCGGCUCGAUGCAGCAGCAGAUCACCUGCUACCACUACAAGGACUCGAACAACGACUGGAUCGUCACCCUGCCAUGGGGUGCAGAGGAGGCCAACCCCGACGACAUCCGCUUCCUCAAGGACGGCGACGUUAUCCGCCUCGUGCACGCCCAGACCAACCGACAGCUGCACUCGCACCCGCUGGCUGCGCCCGUGACCAAGGAGGACUGGGAGGUCUCGGGCUACGGCAACCAAACCGUCGGCGACGAGCAGGACCACUGGGUGGUCGAGGUGGUUGACGACACGCAGCGCAAGAAGAAGGACGAUGACGGGCGCAUCCACGCCCUCACCACCCGCAUGCGAUUCCGGCACAAGAACCUCGGGUGCUACCUGCGCGCUGCGAACGCGGUGCUGCCGCAGUGGGGCUUCAAGCAGGUCGAAGUGUCGUGCAUCAAGAGCAACGACCCCAAGGACGUGCACACGUACUGGAACGUCGAGUCGCACUGGAACGACAAGCUCCCUCCCGGCAACCUCAAGAUGUACCGCUCGCCUUUCUGGCGCGACUUUGCGCACCUGAACGUGGCGAUGUGGACGUCGAACAACGCUCUGGUUCCCGACCCGGACAAGGAGGACAUCCUCGCGUCCAAGCCGAGCGACUGGCCGUUCCUUCACCUCGGUCUGCGCAUGUGCGGCUGGGGCGACAAUCAGAUCAAGUUCUACCUGCUUGGCACACCGCUUGUGUGGUGGUGGAGCAGCGUUUGCGUCCCCGGCCUGCUGCUGAUCGCCGGCUGGUUCCUCCUCCGCAUGCAGCGCCACUACAAGGACUGGGCGCCCGGAGAGUGGGACCACUUCCUCUACGUGUGCAAGGUCUCGUUCUUCGGCUGGUUCCUGCACUUCAUUCCCUUCCUGAUCAUGGGCCGUGUGACAUAUCUGCACCACUACCUCCCGACGCUGUGGUUCGCUGUGCUCAUGGCCGGCCAAGUGCUCGACCUGCUCUUCUUUGCCUCGCCGCGCUGGUCGCCCAAGGCCAGGCUUGUCUGGUUCGCGCUGUGGACUGGCGCGCUCGUCGCCAACUUCUGGUGGUUCAAAGACCUUGCUCUGGGCAUCCACGGCAAUGUGAACGACCACCCCGGCUGGCAGUGGCGCCGAUCGUGGAACAUCUACAAUGGGUCUUAA